GUCAACGCUAUCAUCGCCCCCACUUGUCGUACCCCCUCAAAACCCAUCCUAAUCUCAGAUCUAAAAAUUUUCAAAAACCUUCUGUUCCCCUUUCUCUUUCCCUUCUCUCUAACCUGAUUGAAAAAUCGACAAUGGCCGCGACUCAUUCACCUCGUGAGGAAAAUGUCUAUAUGGCAAAGCUCGCCGAGCAAGCCGAACGCUACGAGGAAAUGGUCGAGUUCAUGGAGAAAGUCUCGGCUUCCGUUGAGAGCGAGGAACUCAGCGUUGAGGAACGUAACCUCCUCUCCGUCGCUUACAAGAACGUUAUCGGCGCUCGCCGUGCUUCCUGGCGCAUCAUCUCCUCCAUUGAGCAGAAAGAGGAGAGCCGUGGUAACGAGGAUCACGUCGCUGUGAUCCGUGAUUAUAGGGCCAAGAUCGAGUCCGAGCUCUCCUCGAUCUGUGACGGGAUCUUGAAGCUUCUUGACACCAGGCUUAUCCCUUCGGCUUCCACUGGAGAUUCGAAGGUCUUCUAUCUUAAGAUGAAGGGAGAUUAUCACAGGUAUUUGGCUGAGUUCAAGACUGGAGCCGAACGCAAGGAAGCUGCUGAGAGUACUCUCACUGCCUACAAAUCUGCUCAGGACAUUGCCAACGCCGAGUUGGCUCCUACUCACCCGAUCCGACUCGGACUAGCACUCAAUUUCUCUGUCUUCUACUAUGAGAUUCUCAAUUCUCCUGAUCGCGCUUGCAACCUCGCCAAACAGGCAUUUGAUGAAGCAAUAGCAGAGUUGGAUACUCUAGGCGAGGAAUCAUACAAAGACAGCACCCUCAUCAUGCAACUCCUCCGUGACAAUCUCACUCUCUGGACCUCCGACAUGCAGGAUGAAGGAGCUGAUGAGAUUAAAGAAGCACCGAAGCGUGAGGAGGAGCAGCAACAGCAACAGCCAAAGCAGUAGUGAGACUCUGUUGGGGCUAUUUCUAUUAUAUUUGCCAAUUUAGGGUUUCAAAUCAAAUGAAACUUUCUACCCUUCAUGUGUUUUUGAUAGGAGAAGAUUGCUGCUAUCAAAUAUUUUAGGCAAUUCUUGUCUUUGUUUUACUCAAUCGUCUAUGUACUGAGUUUUAUUUUAUUUUUUUUUCA